CGCAGUGAGCAGACGACGAAAAAGCUGUGGCUGUCGCGCGUCGAAAGCUCGCGCUCGAGGGUGCCGUCUCGAGCGGCGGCCGCGAUUGCAAGUGCUCCCAUUCUGGGUUUUUGUGUUUGUGCCAUGGUUCCGACGGGGUAGGCAACCACAACCAAAGCCACCAUGGCCAACCGAGAGGGCGGGCCCAAGACGGACAUGGCGGCUAUCAUCACGGACAACAAGGGAGGGGUCCCAGACCGACCGACCAAGGUAUCUGAAAACUUGCGCGACGAGGAGGCUGCCUACCAGCGCGACAUUCUAGGCAAAGAUGUUGGCCCCCCAAAGAAGGCCGAGGAGUCCGUCGGCGACAAGCACGAGAUGACGAACCUCCUACAACGCGAGGAGGCCCGGCUGCAGAAAAUCGGCCAGCACCUCGACAAGCCAGACAUACUGGACCAAAAGCUGCGUGAGCAGACCACCCUGAAGGCGGAGUCAGAAUUCGCGUCGGGGACCAACAUCAAGACCGACAUGAACAUGCGCAUGUCCGACGACGUCAGGGGACCCGCGAUGGACGUUGGUCCGCCAAAGGAGCAAGGGGCUGGCGGCGGAUCGCCGAUGAAGCGUCCUUCUCAGGGGAGAAUCGCCGCGGGAAAGGCGACCGGCACGUCUUACGCCACGGAUGGCAACUAUCCAAAGACGGACAUGGCGGCCAACAUCACCGACCACCGGUCGCGCCUGCACGAGCUCAGUAAGACCGCGCAGAAAGAAUUGAUGCGCGAAGAAGAGAGCUACGCUCGGGACCAGCUCCUAAGGGAGCGUCAGGGGCUCCCUACCGCCACGCGGCCGAGAGAAUCGUUACCAGGACGUGCUUCGAUGCAACAGGGUCAGGGGCCCCCUACCACCACGCGGCCGAGAGAGUCGUUGCCAGGACGUGCUUCGAUGCAACAGGGUCAGGGGUCCCCUACCACCACGCGGCCGAGAGAGUCGUUGCCAGGACGUGCUUCGAUGCAACAGGGAGCGCAUGCGCCGGGCGGAGGCCUGAUCGCAGGUUCUCGAGGCGGCAGCUUAGCUUCGCCAGGCGGCCAGAAGGUCAUAGCGGCCACCAUCUACACUAAGGACGAAGAGUCGUCGACAUCGGAGGAGCAGCCGCCUCGCAUGACCUGCUGGCUGAUGCCUGAGAGUGUUCAGCGGGUCAUCGACAGCGGCAUGGAAAAGAUCUACGGACCGCGACCGAGGCGUCCGUACAGGCCGCCCAUGUUAGACAUGGAAGUGGAAGAGGACGACUACGACCCGUACUUAAUCAGAGCGACCGAGGCUGUGAACAAGCCCGAAGAAGGCCGAGUUAUGUACCCGAGUGGGAAGCGUCGCAAGCCCCGACGCCCAGUGUACCCGGCAGAGGAAGAUUUCGACGUCAUGUUUCAGGACGAGCUGGUAAUCGGCGGCGGAGGUCGCAUGAUGUACGUCGAUGAAGGCGACGCCGACUACGCCGACGAAGGGGACAUGUACGAAGAGGAGACAGAGGACGUUCUUUACAUGGAUGACAUGAUGUACCAGGGUGGCCAAGGUAAUCCCAUGAUGUAUCGUCAGCCCAUGGGUCAACCAAUGAUGCAGCCAAUGAUGCAGCCCAUGAUGGGACAAGCGAUGAUGCAGUCAAUGAUGGCGCCACCCGUGAUGCAGCAGAUGGGACAGCCGAUGAUGCAACCGAUGGGACAAUCCAUGAUGCAACAGAUGGGACCCACUAUGAUGCCUCAGAUGGGUCAGCCCAUGAUGCAGCCGCCCAUGAUGCAAGCCAUGCCAGCUCAGCAGUACGGCUACGCCCAGCAGCCGCAGAACAUUGUCAUCAACCAGAAAGAUCAUAUAGAAGUCAGCUCCUCUGACACUGACGUCAACGUAAAAUGGACCAAACAGUACGCAAUGGAGCUGCCCUGUGACGUAGAUGAACUUAACCAAACCGCUUCUAGUGUCCGCGUGGAGCAACGCGUGAAGAUCAGGACUGAAAAGUCAACCACGACGGAUUCUGAAGACACGGGAAAAAAAUCAGCCGCUGUCCAGACGGCGCGUAAUGACCCGGUAUCUACGACAUCGCAGACGGAAAGGCCAACGAAGGAUUCAAAGAGUAUCGAAGCAAGGGUCGACACAGACGACGCGACCACACAGAGGAGCCGAAAUCCCGAAAGAGUGGCGGACACGCAGACAUUCGGCACGUCACCGUUCGUUCCGGGCGCCGGCAUGCCGUUCAUGUUUCCGCCGGGCAUGAUGAAUCCUUUCAUGAUGGGUGCCAUGUGCAUGCCCCAGCAGCCACCGCCUCCUCCGCCUAUCCCCGACCCGCCGCCACCGCCGCCGUGCGAGGAGUGCGCGCAGCUCAAGUCUUGCUGCGAGGACGUGCCCUUCGAAGACCUGAAGAGGAACAUUGAAGAGGAUAUCGCCAACAUAGUGAACGAGAACCUGGAGGUAAAGAUUAGUGACGAAGACACCAAGAUACUAGUCGCGCGGCCAGACUCCCCGUACAAGCUUGUCUACCUGAUACCGCAGCGAGCGCAAGUCGUCAAGGAGGAAAAGAGCAUCCAGACUGGCAAGCAACCCACGAACAGAAGUAUUCAGACAGACGGCAAGAAGGGCGCUAAGGGGGCCAAGUCGUUCGACACCGACGGCGGCGAAGGAGAGCGCGUGAUUAUGGCCUCGUACAACACUCAAGAGCGCCAGAUUAACGGAAAGCGAGUGCGAACGACCAAAGCUUUCCGCGUCACGCAGUCCGACGACGAGAACGUCACGGAAGUCCAAGAAUCGUCGAGCAGCUCGGAAAACGGCAGAUCCAGGUCGAAGCACAGGUCGCGCUCCAAGAGGCGGGCGAAGCGCGCCCGUUCGGACGGCGCCUAUCCGCGUAGUCUGACCAUAUCGGUCGGCCGCACCAGCUCCACCACGAGCCGCAGCCGCUCGCCGGGACACAGUCGCCGCAGUGCAGGGCCAGCACGGAGCGAAACUCCCGUGCAGGGCCAGCGUCGCUCGAGGCGCUGGAAAGGGGCCGCCGCCAACAGCAUCAGCUCGUGCAGCGCCAGUAGCGAGGCAAAAGUGUCCAUCAUCGGCCCGGCUUCGAAUCCCGACGCAAUAAGCUGCACCGCGAGGGCCUACGCCGACGCCUCUCCGACGAGGCCGCACUCCCGCCUUCCGCCUCGUAGGUACGCUCCGCAGGGCGACGACUUGAUGCACGUAUCGACUCGCUGCACCGUUGUGGCGUCGGACACGAACCUUACAGCCCGGUCUAUGCACGGCGUUCCCGAGCUGCCGGCCGAUGUCAAGCCCAAGUCGAACAAGGUGUGGAUGGAACGCAUCUACAACGAGCGCCCCGAAAGCUCCCGCUUCAGCCCGCGCGCGGAGAACCGAGCGCCCUCGCCGCUCGAGAUGACGAGGCGCCAGAGCAGAGAGAGACCUCCAUCGGCUCGCGGUGGCCGCGACAAAGGCGGGAUGGUGUGCAAGCCGCCCAUGUCCGUCUCGUCCAUGUUCCAGGCGGCCGGGGAAGCUCGCUACCAGAGUCCCAACCGCAACGCCAGCUACAUGGAAGCCGAACGGAUCGCCAAGCAGAUUGCGCAGCAGAUCGCGCCGCAGAUCAUCGCCGCCCGCCAGAAGGAACCCAUGCAGGAGAAACAGCGAAGCGGACAAGCGUCCGUGGUGCAGAACAUGAUCGCGAGCGCUCGACAGCACCACCACCAGCUUCAGCAGCUUCAGCAGCAGCAACAACAGCAGCAGCAGCAGCAACAGCAGCAACAGCAGCAGUACCAACAACAGAUUCUCCAGCCCCGCCGGUCUCAGAACCGACAGUCGCCGUUCCGCAGGGACGAGGAGACGACCCGCUACGAGAACAGAAACAUGUACUCGACCAGCGGUCGCUACACCGUCAGGUCCCAGCAGUCCCUGGAGCGACUGAGCAACGCGCAAGGCAGCCGCCUCGUGGCAGAGAACAAGGUGUCCCGCUACGGCACGGCAGCUGCUGGCGUCACGUCCUCAUUGAGCCAGAGUCUCCCGCAACGCUACUCGGGAGGCGGCUACCGCCAAGGCGGCGUGAGCAUCAACGGACCGCCGAGGCGGUCCGCCACGAUGUCCGCCGUGAGCCGCAACUUGCAGCAGCCGCAGCACUUGCAGUCACGCGGCAGCCCUCUGUGUGGCAGGCAGAGCCCGCAGGCUCGGUACAUCCUGCCCAUCCAGCUGCAGGUGACCGGUCAGCCGAGCCGAGUGACUGCUGCUGCUGCCGCGUGCGGCGGCUCGCGUCUCUCUCCGGGGCUGUCCGGAAGCCGCUCCAAGAUCACCAUGAUGCAACAGCAACAGCAACAGCGCCAAGAGCAGCUCUCGAGCGUCGUCAUGCGCAACAUCGAGCGGGACUCGUCGAGUCCGCCCCGCAUGACGCCCACCAGCUCCUGCCACGGGGACAAAAAGAGAGCCUUCUACAAACGGGCGUACCGACUGCGAAUCCCAGCCCAGGAGAAGCAGGUGCUGACGUACGCGCUGGUCGCCCUGGUGGCCCUCAUCAGCAUCAUCCUUGUCAUCAACACGCUCGGCAAGAAGCGCGUCAGCGUCGAAUGACCACCAAGCCGCGGACACGCCGUCCGAAACGCUGGCCGCCGCGCGGUUCGACACACACAUCGGCUCGACCCGACACCGGGUAGACGCGGUCUCGGCGUCUAAUCGGCGACUCGUCUUUCGAAGCUUUUCGACGAAGUUUCUUCUUCCCACAGGCGACGCUUGGCCGCAAUCGACUCUGGGGCCUCGAAAGAAAGAGUGAUGUGCCCGACUUCAGGGAAAAAAACAAAAAAAAACGCGGAGCACUAAUUGAGAAAGCAGGUCGCAGUCUACGACACGUAAAAUAAAAACCUGGGAAGACCUUCGAGAAGUAAAA